CCUCUCAUGACUCUAUCGAGUCCACUUCACUUUAUCAUAUUGGGAGAAAUGGACAGAGGUCGUUCUAUUGCGGCUGCUGUAUGGACACCGUGCACUUAAUGGAUAGAAGGUCAAAGGCAUGGGAUGAACAAGACCUUCAUAUCGAGCAACAUAUUAAGGAAGGCGUUUUCAUACAGGUUGAACUUGGCUUACUUGGGCGAUUGCCAAAGAAUCAUACAGUUACGGCUGAAGGUGUCCAACGACGUCAAGAGAUACUUGGAGAAUUAGAGCUUCUUAAGCCUGGCGUCCCAGUCCCCCAGCCCUAGCUCUACAUCAAACCGUAACCCUAAUGUCAUCGAUCACGGAACCGCCGGAACAUCUCUCGUCCGAGGGUGCUAACGAUGCCGACCCCGAUAUUGUCCUCGUCGAAUGGCCGCCUUCACCUCCACCUCCGAUGGUUCGCGUUCCUAGCGACUUGUUCAAGCAAAAUCAUGGCGCGCAAGUUACGAUUCAUGGCAAGGACAUUACCAGAAGGUACAAUAUGAACAAGACCGCGACUAUAACUCGCGAACGGGCUGGCAAGUCAUAUUUGGGCAACCUGGGUAGACUUUGGGCGUGCUUGGAGAAGGCAAAAGGCGAGUACUGGUACUAUGCAGAUGGGUUACAAGCCAUGAAUAUCUCGUUGAAGGGAAGGACGACCAUACACCUUGACACCGGCCAUGCCUUCUGCGGAAAAGUGAGGGAUCAGGUUUGCACGAAAUUUUACCUUGUUCAAGACAGCAUAGACCAGAGCGGCACGCCAGUGUACAGAGCCAGACUUUUUAUGAGCGGCGAUGAGGCUAUGCAACAUAUACUCACUGAUGCCGAAAACGAAAGCAUUGGGACUAUCGGUUCUUACAUUGUCGUUGACGAAGGGGCUGAAGUUGAUAGGUUGCAUAGUCAGAUUUUGGGUGGGGAAGUGGUUUGGGUUUAGUUAGUAAACACAGUCGAAUAAUUGCAAAUGCGAAUCGUGGG